UGACUAGACAUUCGGUCAUAGGAGCGGUGGAGGGGGGCGCUCGAGCCACGUCGGUGAAACAAAUCAACGCUUGAAGGCGGAUUACAAAGAGGCUGAGGAGACUAAUUGCGGCAACUGCAGCGUCUUCCUUCAUCUCCCGCAAAUAUCAGGUCGGCAGCGCAGAGAUUCGGCCCAGAUUGCCUGUUCUGUUGAUGCCGGAGCAGGAGAUCCUGAGCCAUGUCAACACCUGAUCCUCCCAUGGGGGGUACCCCCCGUCCGGGUCCCUCGCCAGGUCCUGGCCCCUCCCCCAACGCUAUGCUGGGCCCCAGCCCAGGUCCUUCCCCGGGCUCCUCUCACAGCAUGAUGGGGCCCAGCCCGGGUCCUCCCUCCUCUGGGCACUCCCAGCCAGGUCCCUCGGGAUACGGCCCGGAAAACAUGCACCCAAUGCACAAACCCAUGGAGGGCAUGCACGAGAAGAGCCUGUGUGAUGACAGCCGUUUCAGUCAGAUGAAGGGGCUUUCGAUGAGGCAGGGCGGGCACAGUGGCAUGGGCCCCCCACCCAGCCCUCUGGAUCAACACUCACAAGGCUACCACUCUCCUCUAGGUGGUUCUGACCACUCCAGCCCCGUGGCUUCAAAUGGCCCCCCAUCCGGUCCUCUUAUGCCAUCAACCUCCUCUUCGUCCUCUUCUGGUUCUGCCUCAGCCUCUCUGGAUGGCCCCAGUGUAGAUCAGCAUUCCUUGGGGCCCAAUAACCGGCCGGGACCUCCUGGGAGUACCGGACCUGGCCCCAGCCCUGGGCCUAGCCUGGGCUCCACCAUGCCCAGUCUUGGUACUGGCCUUGAUGGUAAUGUCCCUGGUGGCCCUGGAGGUCCUGGCGGCCCAACUCCCUUUAACCAAAACCAACUUCACCAACUCAGAGCCCAGAUCAUGGCGUAUAAAAUGCUGGCCCGAGGACAACCCCUGCCGGAUCAUCUGCAGAUGGCUGUCCAGGGAAAGAGGCCGAUGCCAGGGAUGCAGCAGCAGCAACCCAUGUCCAGCUUGGUCUCUGGAGCUGGUGGAGGGCCAGUAAGCGGUCCAACAGGACCCGGAUCAGGGCCUGGGCCAAUGGGAUCAAGCUACAGCCGGCCUCAUGGCAUGAUGGGUCCCAACAUGCCUCCCCCUGGUCCUUCAGGGACCCCAGUUGGGAUGCAAGGACCGAAUCCUAAUGGACCCUCCAAGUCAUGGCCCGAAGGCCCCAUGGUGAAUGCAGCAGCCCCCUCCAACGCACCCCAAAAACUGAUCCCCCCCCAGCCCACCGGUAGGCCUUCUCCUGCUCCUCCGUCGGUUCCCCCCGCUGCUUCACCUGUAAUGCCCCCACAGACCCAGUCCCCUGGUCAGCCAGCUCAGCCUCCUCCCAUGAUGCCUUACCACGCCAAGCAGAACCGCAUCACUCCCAUCCAGAAACCCUGCGGCCUCGACCCCGUGGAGAUCCUGCAGGAAAGGGAGUACAGGUUACAGGCUCGUAUUGCUCAUCGCAUUGCCGAAUUGGAGAACCUGCCCGGCUCUUUGGCUGGGGAUUUACGUACCAAAGCUACCAUAGAGCUCAAAGCUCUUCGUUUGCUGAACUUCCAGAGGCAGCUGCGUCAGGAGGUGGUGGUGUGCAUGCGACGGGACACAGCUCUCGAGACCGCCCUGGACGCCAAGGCCUACAAGCGGAGCAAGCGUCAGUCUCUGCGGGAGGCCCGCAUCACAGAGAAACUCGAGAAACAGCAGAAGAUUGAGCAAGAGCGCAAACGCAGACAAAAACAUCAGGAGUACCUCAACAGCAUUCUCCAGCAUGCCAAAGACUUCAAGGAGUAUCACCGCUCAGUGACGGGAAAGAUUCAGAAACUGACCAAAGCCGUGGCCACCUACCACGCCAACACUGAGCGGGAGCAGAAGAAGGAGAAUGAGCGUAUUGAGAAAGAAAGGAUGAGAAGGCUGAUGGCCGAGGAUGAGGAGGGUUACCGAAAACUGAUUGACCAGAAGAAGGAUAAGCGCCUGGCCUAUUUGCUGCAGCAGACUGAUGAGUAUGUUGCCAACCUCACUGAACUGGUACGAGCCCACAAAGCUGCACAGGCCCUCAAGGAGAAGAAAAAGAAGAAAAAGAAAAAGAAGAAGUUGGAGAACGCUGAGGGUCAGACUCCUGCUCUUGGACCCGAUGGAGAGCCCCUGGAUGAGACGAGCCAGAUGAGUGACCUGCCUGUGAAGGUCAUCCAUGUGGACAGUGGGAAUAUCCUGACCGGUGUGGACGCUCCCAAGGCUGGACAGCUGGAGACGUGGCUGGAGAUGAACCCUGGAUACGAGGUAGCUCCCCGCUCAGACAGUGAAGACAGUGAGGAAGAGGAAGAAGAGGAGGAGGAAGAAGAGGAGCCUCAGCCUUCAAGUGCUCCGGUGGAAGAAAAGAAGAAGAUUACGGACCCUGACAGUGAAGAUGUGUCAGAGGUGGAUGUCCGACAUAUCAUUGAGAACGCUAAACAGGAUGUGGACGACGAGUACAGCGGAGCGGCGUUUGCUCGAGGACUCCAGUCGUAUUACUCUGUGGCCCACGCCGUCACAGAGAAGGUGGAGAAGCAGUCGACUUUACUGAUAAAUGGACAGCUUAAGCAGUAUCAGAUUAAAGGCCUGGAAUGGCUGGUUUCUCUUUACAAUAACAAUCUGAAUGGGAUCCUGGCUGAUGAGAUGGGUCUGGGAAAAACCAUCCAGACCAUCGCCCUCAUCACCUACCUCAUGGAGCACAAGCGGCUCAACGGACCCUACCUCAUCAUUGUACCCCUCUCAACUUUGUCUAACUGGGUGUACGAGUUUGACAAGUGGGCACCUUCGGUUGUUAAAGUGUCCUACAAAGGGUCUCCUGCUGCUAGACGAGCCUUUGUCCCCCAGCUGCGUAGCGGCAAGUUUAAUGUUUUACUCACUACUUACGAGUACAUCAUCAAGGACAAACAAGUACUGGCCAAGAUCCGUUGGAAGUACAUGAUUGUGGACGAAGGCCACCGUAUGAAGAACCACCACUGUAAGCUGACCCAGGUCCUGAACACCCACUACCUUGCUCCACGGCGAGUGUUGCUGACCGGGACUCCACUGCAGAACAAGUUGCCUGAACUGUGGGCGCUCCUCAACUUCCUCCUGCCCACCAUUUUCAAGAGCUGCAGCACAUUUGAGCAGUGGUUCAAUGCCCCGUUUGCCAUGACCGGAGAGAAGGUGGAUCUUAACGAAGAGGAGACCAUCUUGAUUAUUCGUCGCCUGCACAAAGUGCUGCGCCCCUUCCUGUUACGAAGAUUAAAGAAGGAAGUGGAGGCUCAGCUUCCAGAGAAGGUGGAAUAUGUCAUCAAGUGUGACAUGUCGGCUCUCCAGAGGGUCCUGUACAGGCACAUGCAGGCCAAAGGGGUCCUGCUCACUGACGGGUCAGAGAAAGACAAGAAGGGUAAAGGAGGCACAAAGACUCUGAUGAACACCAUUAUGCAGCUGAGGAAGAUCUGUAACCACCCGUACAUGUUCCAGCAAAUCGAGGAAUCUUUCUCUGAACAUUUAGGAUUCUCUGGUGGAAUAGUCCAGGGUCCGGACCUUUAUAGGGCUUCAGGAAAAUUUGAGGUACUAGAUCGGAUCCUGCCAAAGCUGAGGGCCACAAACCACAAAGUGCUGCUCUUCUGUCAGAUGACCUCCCUCAUGACCAUCAUGGAAGACUACUUUGCCUACCGCAACUUCAAGUAUCUGCGUCUGGAUGGUACUACAAAGGCUGAAGACCGAGGAAUGUUGCUGAAGACGUUCAACGACCCGGAGUCGGAGUACUUUAUCUUUCUGCUGAGCACCAGAGCCGGAGGCCUCGGCCUCAACCUGCAGUCUGCAGACACUGUCAUUAUCUUUGACUCCGACUGGAACCCACAUCAGGACUUGCAAGCUCAGGACAGAGCCCACCGCAUCGGCCAGCAGAACGAGGUACGAGUGCUGCGCCUGUGCACGGUCAACAGCGUGGAAGAGAAGAUCCUGGCAGCGGCCAAGUACAAAUUAAACGUGGACCAGAAGGUCAUCCAGGCCGGCAUGUUCGAUCAGAAGUCUUCCAGCCACGAGCGCCGGGCCUUCCUUCAGGCCAUCCUGGAGCACGAGGAGCAAGACGAGGAGGAGGACGAGGUGCCGGACGACGAGACCGUCAACCAAAUGAUCGCCAGGAGUGAAGAGGAGUUUGAGCAGUUUAUGCGCAUGGACCUGGACAGGCGACGCGAGGACGCCCGUAACCCGCGCCGAAAGCCGCGUCUGAUGGAGGAGGACGAGCUUCCCACCUGGAUCAUGAAGGACGACGCCGAAGUCGAGCGUCUGACCUGUGAGGAGGAGGAGGAAAAGAUGUUCGGGCGAGGUUCGCGCCAGCGUAAGGAGGUGGACUACAGCGACUCCCUGACAGAGAAACAGUGGCUGAAGGCAAUCGAGGAAGGAACGCUCGAAGAGAUGGAGGAAGAAGUGCGUCACAAAAAGACAACCCGAAAGAGGAAGAGGGACCGGGACCUGGAUCUGCCGGGCCCCUCGUCUUCCUCUGGGAGCCGUGGACGGGGGGACAGGGACGACGACGGGAAGAGGCAAAGGAAAAGGGGAAGACCGCCUGCUGAGAAACUCUCCCCCAAUCCUCCCGGCCUGACAAAGAAGAUGAGGAAAAUUGUGGAUGCUGUCAUCAAAUAUAAAGACAGCACCAGCGGGCGUCAGCUGAGCGAGGUCUUCAUUCAGCUGCCGUCUCGAAAGGAGCUGCCUGAGUACUACGAGUUAAUCCGCAAGCCAGUGGACUUCAGGAAGAUCAAGGAGAGAAUUCGCAGCCAUCGCUACCGCAGCCUGGGUGACCUGGAGAGAGACGUCAUGCUGCUCUUCCAAAAUGCUCAGACCUUCAAUCUGGAGGGUUCCCUGAUAUAUGAGGACUCCAUCGUGCUGCAGUCAGUGUUCACCAGCUUGAGGCAGAAGAUUGAGAAGGAAGAGGAGAGCGAGGGAGAGGAGAGCGAGGAAGAGGAGGAAGAGCAGGAGGACGGAUCAGAGUCAGAGUCUCGCUCAGUCAAAGUGAAAAUCCGCCUGAGUCGGAAGGACAAAGGCGGGGAUCGAGGAAAAGGGCGCAGCAGGCGAACCGGACGCACCAGAGCCAAACCUGUGGUCAGUGACGACGACUCUGAGGACGAGCAGGAGGAGGAGCGCUCGGCCAGUGGCACUGAUGAAGAGGCCUGAGCUGUGCAGGGAGGUUGAGGAGAAGGAGGCACGAAUGUCCAACAAGUCAAAUGACACAAAACCAUUUAAAUAAGCCGCAGGCAUUUCCGUCCACCCGCACUUAUACGGCACAGUUAGAUCUGAAAGACAAGGAGACAAACGAGGUUUAAACUGAAUAUCAUUUUUGAGCUUUUAUGGAUACAGGCACUCCCCAAUUAUUGGCUUUCCUUAUAAAGAUGAGUAAAUAAAAAGCUUGAGAAGAAAUAUUCUAUUAUUACUGUAGCAGCAAGAAUCUGAUACCUGCAGAUUCAGAAAUAUCCAACCAAAUGUUUUUUUAAAACAUUUGUUCUUUGGGGAACAAGUCCAAUGUUAGUGUGUCAGAGGUACUGUGACCUCUAACAAUUCCCAGACAAUGAAUUAGAUAAAAAUAAUAAUAAUG